CCAUUCUGUGCCGGGUGGCUCGAUUUAAGGGGUAAGGGUUCAGGAUCCGCUGUAGGGAUCGCAAAGCGUAGCGGCCCCAUGGCACCCCUGGGAAGCGUCCCGCGGUUGGUGCUGCUUUUCAGCGGGAAGAGGAAAUCCGGGAAGGACUUCGUGACCGAGGCGCUGCAGAGCAGGCUCGGAGCUGAUGUCUGUGCCAUCCUCCGGCUCUCGGGCCCACUCAAGGAGCAGUAUGCUCAGGAGCAUGGCUUGGACUUCCAGAGACUCCUGGACGCCAGCACCUACAAGGAGUCCUAUCGGAAGGACAUGAUCCGCUGGGGCCAGGAGAAGCGCCAGGCUGACCCAGGUUUCUUCUGCAGGAAGAUCGUGGAGGGCGUCUCCCAGCCCAUCUGGCUGGUGAGUGACACUCGGAGACUGUCUGACAUCCAGUGGUUUCAGGAGACCUAUGGGGCUGUGACGCAGACGGUCCGAGUGGUGGCCACGGAGCAGAGCCGCCAGCAGCGGGGCUGGGUGUUCAUACCAGGGGUGGAUGAUGCUGAGUCAGAGUGUGGCCUGGACGACUUCGGGGCCUUCGAUUGGGUCAUCGAGAACCACGGAGAUGAGCAGCACCUGGAGGAGCAGUUGGGGCACCUGAUAGAAUUUGUUCACUCCAGGCUUUAGCUGGCAUGUUCUAGGAGUGUGUCGGGGGCUGCCGGGGUAAAGGGGCGCUGACUGUGCUGGACAUAGGGUCACUGAUGCUGGCGGAGGUCGAGGAGCAGACAGAGGGCCUGGGUCUGGUGUCUGGGUGCUGUCAGGCAUCAGACAGGUUAGGAACUCACCGGGGACCUCAUUUCUUUAUGGAAAGGACAGCCCUACCUCUUUAGAGGGAGACUUAAAGAGCGAGGGGGUUGGGGGUGAGUUGGCUGUGCUUAAAACUGAAGCAUCACCAUCUCUAUGGGUACCAGGCCUGUCAGCCAGCAGCGGCCUUGCUUCCCUGACCGGAUGCUCUCAGCCCCUUGUUCUGUGCAAGAGCCCAGGGCUCCCCAGUGUAUAAGCUAAUAAACCUCCUUGGAGCACCUGCUCAGA